AUGGCAUCGGAAAAAGUUUAUGAAGCAUUAGUGGAUCUCUUGCAUCAACAAGAUCGUAGACUUCAACUGUUGGAGCACACAUUGAAGGAAACCGUAUCUACCAAUCCAUCAUCAGUGUCCAACAGUAGUGAAUUGAUCAUCGAGGCUUUGGCAAACAGCAUAAAGGAAUUUUCAUACGAUCCAGAAGACCACAACACGUUUGACAAGUGGUACAAUCGAUAUGAAGACACCUUUAUCGCAGCCAAGACUCAAAUCAAUGAGGAUGCACAAAUCAGACUUCUGUUGCGGAAACUCGAUCAUCCAUCUCAUACGAAAUAUGUCAACUAUAUACUGCCCCGUACAGUGAAAGAUUUCAACUUCGAAGAGACCGUGAAGAAACUCAAGGCGAUAUUAUGUCCACAGACAUCAUUUUUCAACCGACGUUUCAAUUGUCUUCAAAUGAAGAAGAAAGAUUCAGACGAUUUCGUAACAUAUGCAGGGAAAGUGAAUCGAAACAUAGAAGACUUCAUUUUCUCCGAGCUGGGUGUCGAACAAUUUAAAUGCUUAAUCUUUAUAUCAGGACUUCAAUCACACAAGGACAGUGACAUCCGUGCUAGAUUAUUACGUAGAUUGGAUACUCACACUACCGAAAAUCCUAUUGAGCUACAUCAUUUGGUUCAGGAGUGCCAGAAGAUGAUCGCAUUGAAACAAGAUACGGCACUGGUAGAAAACAAAAAUCCAGUUGUCUCUAAGGUAGAAUACAAGAAACAUCCGCAUCCACGUAAUAACAAUAAGCAACCAACUGCGACGGAUUUACCGAAAUAUCCAUGUUGGAAAUGUGGUGGAAUGCAUUUUGUGAAAUCGUGUGAAUUUAUCAAACACACAUGCACCGAUUGUAAGGGUGUAGGCCAUAAGGAAGGUUAUUGCAAGAGCGGUAAACAGAACAAUUCUCAUCAGGGGUAUAAAUCGAAUCCCAAAGCAGGGAAAGGCAAAUCUGUCGCUCAAACCAAACACGUAAGCAUUCCCAAUGUUCAUAAAGUGAAUUUCCAACAUAAAAGAAAGUAUGCUACCGUACAUAUUAAUGGUAAAAUGACGAAGCUUCAAUUGGAUACCGCAUCAGAUAUCACCAUUAUAUCAUCAGAUAUUUGGAAACAAAUUGAUGUACCAAAACUGAACACACGUCAUUUCAAGCGAAAAAUGCAUCAGGAGAUCCUCUAG